UUCUCUUUUUCGCCGCCAUCCUGCUGUGUGCUGCGCGCUGUUAAUUGACCAUGUCUUCUCACAAGACUUUCAGGAUCAAGCGAUUCCUGGCCAAGAAACAAAAGCAGAAUCAUCCCAUUCCCCAGUGGAUUUGGAUGAAAACUGGUAAUAAAAUCAGGUGCAACUCCAAGAGGAGGCACUGGAGGAGAACCAAGCUGUGUCUCUAAGGUGUCCCACAUCAC